AUGUCCGACCACGAGACCAUCGUGAUCAUAGGAGCCGGUGUAAUAGGCCUAUCAACCGCACUAUGUCUCCAACAACACCUAAGUCCCACACAAUCAGUCAUUCUAGUUGCCAGAGACUUCCCUUCCGACACUUCCGUCAACUAUGCCUCCCCAUGGGCCGGAGCGCAUUAUCGGCCCGUCCCGGGGUCCUCGCCACAAGCGCUCCGUGAGGCAGGCCAGGCGCAGCGUACUUAUGAGUUUAUGAAGCGAGUCGCCGCUGAUGAGCCGGGCGCGGGUGUCAGCUUCAUACAGGGCGUUGAGCACCUCGAAGCUCCGCCGGUUGACUACUUGGAUGCGCAAAGUGUGCGGAAUGUUUAUGACCAUCUUGAUGGAUUCCGUCAUCUUGCGAGUGAAGAGGUGCCUGAUGGUGUGAAAUGGGGUGUGCAGUAUGGGACCUAUGUGGUUAAUUCUCCAGUUUAUUGUGCGCAUAUGCUAAGGAAGUUUGUCUUGAAGGGUGGGGAGACCAGACAGUAUACUCUUGCGAAUAUCAAAGAGGCAUUUUCUUUAGCGCCGAAUGUGAGGACUGUGGUUAAUUGUUCAGGGGUUGGAUUUGACGAUCCAAAAUCGAUGAUUAUCAGAGGUCAAACAUGCCUCGUUCGCAAUCCUGUCUCGGCGACUAUCACACGCCAAAAUGAGGAUGGAUCCUGGUCAUUUUGUAUCCCACGUCCACUAGAUGGUGGGACAGUCAUUGGCGGGACGAAGGAGAUAGAUAACUGGGACCCCAAUCCGUCAUUGGAGACUCGAGCAAGACUCCUUGCUAAUGCGACGAAGUGGUUCCCUUUUACCACAGAUAGUGGUGGCAAGUUUGAUGUGAUUCGUGAUAUAGUCGGGAGAAGACCUGCCCGGGAGGGCGGGAUGCGCAUUGAAGUUGAGAACCUUGGGGAUGGUAAGCGGGUGGUUCAUGCAUAUGGUGCUGGGGGACGUGGCUUCGAGCUCUCGCGAGGUGUGGCGGAGGACACUGCCGCGUUGAUGCUGGAGAAUGGAAUUUUGCAAGAGAAGGCGGCGCUGUAG